GAGAGCGCUUCCGGUUGUUCGCGAGGCGGAAGCGACGUAGAGCGCUGCCAAGAUGGCGGCGCAGAAGGUGAAGCAGGACAUGCCCCCACCGGGGGGCUACGGCCCCAUCGAUUACAAACGGCACCUCCCUCGUCGAGGCCUUUCAGGUUACAGCCUCUUCGCUCUGGGCAUCGGCAGCCUCCUGCUGGGUUACUACACCAUCAUCAAGUGGAACAGGGAGCGCAGGCGGCUGCAGAUCGAGGACCUGGAGGCUCGUAUCGCUUUAAUGCCGCUGCUCCAGGCGGAGGCGGAUCGCAGAACCCUCCGCAUCAUGAGGCAGAACCUGGACGAGGAGGCCAAGAUCAUGAAGGAUGUUCCUGGUUGGAAGGUUGGUGAGUCCAUGUUCCACACCGACCGCUGGGUUCCCCCGACGUUGGACGAGCUCUAUUACCUGCGUCCAGCUGCUGAGAUGGACAACGAGAAGUUUGGGCUGCAGUAUUAUGUCUAAUCGACAGCUCUAUGGGGGGAUCGGUAUUAAACCUAUAUGGGUACACGGUGA